UAAACUUCCGGUCACGUUGUGGAAAUCUUGAUCUAAACACAGCGACAGGUUGAGAAGUAAAGUUUAACAGCAACAUGACUAAGACACCACGAACGAAGGCCGCUAGGGGCGGAAUUAACAAAUCUCAACACAGUCUAAACCCAGAUCGUACAAAAGGAGAUGGGGGUCACAACAUGCGUGACAGAACGACAAUACGUCGACUUAAUAUGUAUCGGAAUUUUAAGGCCAAAAGAGACCAACGAGGCAAGAUUGUUAUCCCGGCACCGUAUCAGUCGCGACUGCCGUGUGGUUCCGUGGCUCGCGUCGAACCCAAUCGGCGAUGGUUCGGCAACACUCGCGUUGUCACACAGACCGCACUGCAGAGCUUCCAAGAAGCCAUGGGCAAGGUGAAAAAUGACCCGUACAAGGUUGUCAUGAGUCAGACGAAGCUACCUAUCACCCUCCUCAACGAGGUGGCCAAGCAUUCACGAAUGCAUCUUCUUGACACAGAAAGUUUUGAAAAUACAUUUGGAAAGAAAUCUCACCGCAAGAAACCCAAUUUGGCCGUUACUGAUGUACAAGCCCUGAUUGAGCGAGUGUCUUCGUCUGUGGAGAAGUAUGAUGAGUCUAAAGACAGCAAUAUUGAGUUGGAAGACACCGGAAUCCGGGAUGAGGAACCGGAAAUCGUCUUCAAGGCUGGGCAGUCGAAGAGGAUCUGGAACGAACUGUACAAAGUGAUCGACUCGUCGGAUGUGGUGGUGGAGGUUCUGGACGCUCGGGACCCGCUCGGAACGCGCUGUUACCAGGUGGAGAAGUACAUAGGCAAGGAGAAGUCGCACAAACACAUCAUCUUCAUCCUCAACAAGGUUGACCUCGUGCCCGUCUGGGUCACGCAAAAGUGGGUGGCUAUUUUGUCAGCAGAACACCCAACGAUGGCAUUCCACGCAAGCAUCACAAACCCGUUCGGAAAGGGAGCACUCAUAAAUCUGUUGAGACAGUUUGGGAAGCUUCACCUCGAUAAGAAACAGAUCAGUGUUGGCUUCAUCGGCUACCCGAACGUCGGCAAGAGUUCCAUCAUCAACACGCUGCGAGCUAAGAAAGUCUGCAAGGUGGCGCCCAUAGCGGGAGAAACGAAGGUGUGGCAGUACAUCACGCUGAUGAAGAGAAUAUUCCUCGUUGACUGUCCCGGAAUUGUGUAUCCGACCGGCGCCACCCAGACUGACACCGUGCUGAAAGGAGUGGUGCGUGUUGAAAAUAUCAGAUCUCCAGAAGACUAUAUUGGGGCUGUGUUGGAGCGAGCCAAGAAGGAAUACGUUCAGAAAACGUACAACAUCAACGACUGGUCGAGUCCGGAGGAUUUCCUGGAGCAGCUGGCUCGAAAAUCCGGAAGACUGUUGAAGAAAGGUGAACCGGACCUGAGUACGGUUGCCAAGAUGGUGCUCAAUGACUGGCAGAGAGGGAAGAUCCCGUACUUCGUAAAACCUCCAGGACCCGAGAAUGAACCUAGUGAGGAGGAAAAGAAAAACAAAGAAGAAACAUCACUGACAACACACACUAACCUAGCUAGUGAAAACAGCAAGAUGGAGGAAAAGACGAAUACAGAAGAAACAUCACUGACAACACACACUAACCUAGCUAGUGAAAACAGCAAGAUGGAGGAAAAGACGAAUACAGAAGAAACAUCACUUACAACACACACUAACCCAGCAAGUGAAAACAGCAAGGUGGGGGACUUGACUAGUGUGGACACUAAAGAGAAGACAUCAGUAUCGAGUGACAAAGACAGCUGCAUUCGACCAAGAGUUGACAGAGAGAAUCGUGUUAAACCAAGAGUGAAACAGAAUCUUCGUGACAUCCACGUGGAGCCAGUGUUCGAGGCUGACGAUGUGAGAGAAAUACCACAGGAGGAGGAGGAUGGUGAGGGUGAGGAGGAUAAAGGUGAUGAUGAUGGUGAUGUUCAGAGUGAGGAUGAUGAAGAAGAUAAGAACACAGACAGUGAUGUCGAUGAUUUAGAUGAUGACUGUGAAGAUGCUGACGAUGGCGGUGAGUGGGAAGAUACAGAUGAUCAGAAACCUGAUAAAAAGAAACACUUUAAUAGCAAAUCAGUGGCAGCUAGCAGUCAACAAGUGAAAUGUGUGAAAACAAAGUCAAAUCGUGACACCAGAGUGAGUUUAGAUCAAUCCAUCAAGUCGCAGUCUCAGGGCGAGGAGCGCGGCACAGACAGGAGCAGAACGAAACUCGAGGGUGAACGUAGAUCUAACAAAUCUCAAAACCAUCCGACAGGGAAGAACUCAACAAAACCACAGGCUGAACGUGAAUCUUCAAAAUCAUCGGUUAUUGAUGAUGGAAGUUUGAAACGAAAGAAAAAGCCAAAAAUGAGAGUUAAAAAUUUAAAAACAUUGAGGACAACUCAGAAGAAAAUAAGUUUCAAACCCAAGAAGCAGACUGGCGGUACACCAAGCAGCGGUAUGAAGCAGACGGCCGAUGUGAAGGAAACUCCAAGUGGGAAAUGGAGCGUGACACCGUUACCAUCUACAAGGUCACGGUCACGGUCACGGUCGGGCAGUGUCCAGGGAAACAUCGCCAAACUGCAGAAAACAGAUGAACAAGGAUGUUUUUAUGAGGUGCAGGAAACUGACUCGGUGAUGUUUGUUGAUGUCAUUCCUGCAGGGAGCAGCAUUGGAACGAAAUCACGCAAACGGGCUGGCAGUGAAGACGAACAAGUGAAAAUAACAGGGAAACAAAGGCGGAAGAUGGAGAGAGAGGCGCGAGACAGGAAGAUUGGAGUUCACUUCUACUCCAAAGCCAACGUGAAGAACCGCAGUUACCGAUAACGUGCUGGAUGUAAAUAAAAAGCAAUUAACUGUU